AUGCUGGCGCUGAAGUUUGUUCUCCUCAUUUUAUGGUGUUUACCGCAAUUUAUGGCAACAAAGAUCUCAGUCGCGUCCACUACGGUGGGCAUGAUUAGCACUCUGGUGCUGUUACUGUUUUCGCACUAUGACCACGCACGUUCCCUAAAGCCUUCGAGUUUGAUCUGCCUGUACCUUCUAGGGAGCAUCAUAUUUGAAAUUGCGCAAGUACGGCAUUUAUGGUUAUUCCAUCCUAUAAGCUACUCUCUCGCGGCGACAGUCGCUGCUGCUCUCGUGGUCCGGUCCCUGUUACUCGUGGUAGAGACGAGCGAGAACAGAGAAACUCUAAGCCCUCAAUACGGCCGUAUUUCUCCAGAAUAUUUCACUGGGAUCUUUAGUCAGAGUACCUACUGGUGGCUCAACGGGAUGUUUAUGAGUGGCUUCCGAGGCGAGCUCUCCCUUGAUGAUCUCUAUCCCCUAGAUGAGGAACUCUUGACUAAGUCUCUCAUUUUCUACGGCGAUCAGCAAUGGAAAGGUACCAAAGAAAAACCCACUCGACGGCUAUCACUUUUCCGUAACAUCAUUUACGACUUAAGAUGGACGGUAGCAGCGGCAGUCGCCCCUCGCCUUUGUUUGAUUGGGUUUAAGUUUGCCCAGCCCUUUUUCAUUAACGACCUCAUCAAUUACGUGUCCGACAACGGCUCUAGUGAGCUAUCCGAGGUUAAAUAUGGCUUUAUCGGUGCGACAGUGUUAAUUUAUGUAGGGAUAGCAGUAACUGCUGCUUUGUUCAAGCGUCAAACUGUUCGUAUGGUCACUAUGACUCGUGGUUCGUUAGUUACGAUGAUAUAUAUGAAGGCCCUUCGCCAAGCUUCAGGUCGAUGUCAAGAGACACGAUCGACCACCUUAAUGAGUACCGAUGUUGAUCGGAUUGUUACCGGGCUAUUGAACUUCCACGAGCUAUGGGCAUCACCGGUAGAGAUUGUGAUUGCGCUUGUGCUUCUAAGUAGAUCCGUUGGAUACUCCUCGAUCGCCGCUCUAGCUGUUGCUUUAGGUAGUGAGCGUACUAGGGUCCUCCUAUCUCGCGCCUCGAAUCAGCAAUGGCAAAAAAUAUGGGUACAAGCUGUUCAGGAGAGAGUCAGUUUCACUUCGGUGAUACUCAAAGAACUGAGCCAGAUCAAAAUGUUCGGUGUCGAGUCCGACAUAGGCCUCAAGAUACACAGACUUCGUGAAAUGGAACUACAUCAAUCUAAGCCCUAUCGAUCAAUGAUUGUCGGUGUCAAUGUUUUAAGCGCGCCGUCGACUGCCAUCGCUCCCGCUGUGACAAUAGCCGUAUAUGCCGCUACACAGCUAGAGCUUAGGCUAGAGACACCCAACACUGAUGUUGUGUUUACGGCCUUGUCUUUAAUUUCACUUCUGACAAACCCGGUGAUGCUAAUCUCGGUCUCAUGGACGAGAUUCACAUCCGCUAUUGGCUGUUUCGAUCGGAUCCAAGAAUUUCUUGAUAAAGACAACCGAGCGAAAGAGGUCCUAGCAGGGAGUGAAUGGGUAGCACCUGAGAACGUUUUAGGAACGAACUUAACUCACUUAGGCCUGGAUAACCCAGCGAUUCUCCAUAAGAUAACACUAGAGAUACAGCAUGCUUCAUACACAGCGGUGACUGGCCCUAUUGGCUCUGGCAAGUCAUCCUUACUCGAAGCAAUGCUCGGCGAAAUGCAUCUAAGAGAAGAGAUUCUAUCUGUUAGUUCGGCCAAGAUGGCGUAUUGCAAGCGAAAUCCAUGGAUAUUCAAUGGCACACUGAAAGCGAACAUCAUCGGAGAAACACAAGCUGACGAAAACUGGCUCGAAGAGGCCUUGGCUAGAGCAAUCUACCCGAAACCGUCUUUAUUGGUUUUAGAUGACUGUUUUGGUCCCUUAGAUGCAGUGACAUCAAGAAUAGUCUUCCAGCAAGUGCUCGGUCACGCUGGCCUAGCUAGAAGGAUCGGCAUGGCUACCAUUCUUGUGAUAACAGCAGGCGAGUCUAACGUGCCUAUAUGGAUAAUCACGCGCUGA